UAGGUCAAGAGCCUUUUUUUAGUUUCACAGUCCUCUCACAAUAAAGGUAGAGGGAGUUAUAACUGCCAGUCUUCGUGCUGUGUCUGAGUGUGUUCUUGUUUCAACUGCAGGAUCAGAUAAGCAGCCAUGGAUGAUGUAUAUAAAGCAGCGGUUGAGAACUUAACAGAGGAGCAAAAAAAUGAGUUCAAAGCUGCGUUUGAUAUCUUCAUUCAGGAUGCAGAGGACGGCUGCAUCAGUACCAAGGAGUUAGGAAAGGUGAUGAGAAUGCUGGGACAGAAUCCCACUCCUGAAGAGUUACAGGAGAUGAUUGACGAGGUGGAUGAAGAUGGAAGUGGGACGGUAGAUUUUGAUGAGUUCUUGGUUAUGAUGGUCCGCUGCAUGAAGGAGGAGAGCAAAGGAAAAUCUGAGGAGGAGUUGGCUGAACUUUUUCGCAUGUUUGAUAAGAAUGGAGAUGGAUACAUAGACUUAGAAGAGCUGAAGUCCAUGCUGGAGUCCACUGGAGAGGCCAUCACUGAAGAUGACAUCGAAGAGUUGAUGAAGGAUGGAGACAAAAACAAUGAUGGCAAAAUUGAUUAUGAUGAGUUCCUGGAGUUCAUGAAAGGUGUUGAAUAAAGGAUUCUGCCGGAGGCUUCACAUCUUCUAUCUUCUACAUGCGUUGGCAACAUCAUCGAAGGCCUUCUUGAAGAUAUCUUCACCGGUUUUUCUAAUACUGUACCUUCAAGGCCUUAACAGCUUUUCCAGGAGAUUUCAUUGAAUAAAAUAUUUUUUCUGAAUAAAAAUA